UUGGACAGCAACAGAUAGCAGUUGCUUGUCAGUGGUUCACCGAAUCAUGUGGGUUGGAGUUGUUUUCAUUCUUAUCGCACCGGAUUUCUGCUUAUCAUUGGCAUGGGAUUUUGCCAAGUUCAAUGUCACUGGGGGUAUCCCCAUCUGGAGGUUCGCGAUUUGGAGGAAUCGUGUGUUCUUCGCGGUUCCGAGAUGGGGUAAUAAUUCAGACUCUCAUGCAACAUUGCUGGAAGCCCCUUGGUAUCCAGAUCAAACACCAGAACUAUCGUUUCUACUCCCACAGACCUCAAACGUCUCGGCAUACCCAAGCGUUGAAAUUCAAGAGCCUAACGACCUCUGCAAAAAUUUGAUUUCGAUCAUCGGACUAGAUACCGACAACCGAGGCCGUCUCUGGGUGUUGGAUGCACCAGAGAAUUCUCAUUGUCCAGCUAAGGUCAUUAUCUUCGAUCUCCGGAAAAACGAGGAAAUCAGUCGGGAUGACUUACCGGGAAUUUCGCAAAAACGAUUGAGAAAUUUGAUUGUCGAUCCCGUCGUGGGACCCCGGGGAUACCGGGCAUAUCUUGGAGACGCUGGAGACGAUUCCCUCCUUGUGUACACGAUAGGGCACAGCGGGCAUCGAACCUGGUGGAAGCUGAACCUCCAUCGUCCCCCGGAUGUCCGAAACAUCAUCGCCACAGACCUCGCGAUUUGCCGGAGGAAUCAGCUCUUCAUGACCGGUGGCAAUUCGCUGGAUCUCUUCAGCAUUAACCUGGAGACCCUGAGAAACGAGGAGCCUCCAGCGAUCAGUUCAUCCCAGAGAACGAAUGUAACUUAUCAUGGAAUAAAAAUGGGAGUUUCCUCGGGCCUGAUUUGCGAUUCAAAGGGUGGCCUUCACUAUUUCCUGGUUACAGAGUACGCGAGUGUUCGAUGGGAUACAAAGCACGAUUUGAAAGCAGCUAAUCACGCUAUACUGCUGCAGAGUGAGCAGGUACUCAGCUUAACUGAUUAUAGAAUGGACGUGCAGAAAAAUAUCUGGGGACUGGUCAACGCGCGACAUCCUUACUUGGCAGUAAACCAGAAUUCUCGAGAUUACGUGGAAUUAACUGAUCGGCUCGUUAGAGUUUCCAAGUUUGUUUUAUUUCCUCCUUAACUCUUUGGCCUUCUAGUGAUAAAAAGCGGUGUGUUAUCCCCUAUUUAUUAGAAUAAACAAAUUUUUUGGUAGAUUCAAUUAAUUGUAUCUUUUCCUCAUUAACCCCGAAGGAAUCCCUCAGUCAAUUACGGGGGAGAAGAACUGAAUUGAAUUUAAAAAUUUUCGUAAUUAUCUAUUUAUUUUGAAAACUAUCAAUUGGAGGGAAUUGAAUUUCCGACACAAAAGAUCUUUUGAUAUGUUCUUUUAAUAUCAGUAGUUUUUUACAUUAAUUGAUCUUCAAUAAAACUGUAAAAUUGUAAUUUAUCUCACUUUAUCAUUUUGAUACUGAAUUUGUCAAUUAAAUUGCAUGGAAAAUAAAUGAGAUACAGAAUUUCCUACGACUAUUUUAUGCGGAAUUCGAAUGUAUCCAGUACAUAAUGCAAUUAUUUCUGAGAAAAAGUUUAACGAGAACUUGUGGCAAAUUCAUAACUAAUUCUAAUUCUUUCUUAGUUUUUUGUAUUGAAAUUUCUAUAAAUUACUCUCGUACGAAAUCCUUUACAACUUUUCGUCAUAGCAGCUGCUCUUUCUUCUAGAAUCUGUCCAAAUCCUUUGUAGCGUCAAGUCUAGAAAUUUUAACAGGAAAUUUUAUAAUAACGCGAUUGAAUUUGCAAUUUCAUCGUCCUUCGAUUGAAUUUAUAAUUGAUCAGUUCGAUUGAUAAUUUUCUCAUUAAAAUCGUAAUCAAUCAUCGAUCUCUGUUGAAUAAUUAGUGUCUGUGUGUAAAUUACUGUUAUUACACCUACCUUAUCUAGGUCAAGGGGUGUGUUUUAUUGGUCAAUUCUCCAGAGCACUAAAUCAUACAUUACCCUAAAAAAUCACGUCUUGUCUGGUAAAAGCAAUUAAAUCCCGACAACGUACGGGACAUUAACAGAUUCACGAUUGAGUCGAUAAUUUUAUUGAUUCUUCUGGCCAACACGCGGCUAAAAACGUCAAUUAGCUUGAAGCGAUCUAAUUACACUGGUUGGCUUUGUCCAUUAGCGAGCCUUCUGCUCUCAUUAAUUAUCAAACAACAAUUAUCCCUCGUGACUAGAGCAACGGAAGUUCAAUCAUGGAAAUCAUUGAAACAAAUACUCCUCGUAAUCUUCGUAUCACUCGAUAAAA